CCUUCUCUCUUUCUGCUUGGGUCUCGCUGUUUCAUCAUAUUCAAGAAGCGAGGGAGAGGGAGAAAGAGCACCCACGCAAAAUGAGGGGGAGCGAUGCAGUGAUGGUCUCGUCUGGAGAUGAUCAAGAGAUGGUCCUUCCGCUGUGGUUGAGGUCUAUCGCGAGCGCUAAGCUCUAUUGCUCGUGCGAGACUCAUCCCUCCGAACUGCGCACUUUCUACUGUAGAGUCUGUGGGGUAGCUGUCUGCAACGAGUGCAAGGAGCGACACAAUCUCUGCAAUCACGAGAUGAUAAAGGCAUACAAAGCUUCCAAAGGUCCGUCGUUCAGGCGGGACGACUUGGAGCCAUUGUGGGAUAUUUCCGAUAUCUAUCCAUAUAGUCAAAAUGGGUGUCUCGUUGCCUACAUACCCAAAAGGGGAGCUGGGAUGGCUUGCUCCCGUUCUCAGAGCGGCUUUGCAGAGUGCAAAAAAAAGAAGUCACCCGUUUUAUCCUCACAAUUAUAA